AGAAUAUUCACCCUCAUUGUGAUCUGUUCAAAACUGAGCAUUGCUGAAUAAGAAAAUUAGUAGUGAAAGCCUCAGUGUUCGUGUGGAAAGAGAAGAAAUGAGAAGUUUCCGAUUUCUCUCACUUUUGUUGCUUUUCUUCAUCUUUACUCAAGCAAAUACACAUGGAGGGAAGAAAAAAGAGGCACUGGGGUCACAGCAUCAGCACAUUAGAAUAAAGAAAAAUCAACCCAGCUCAGCAACCAAAUUUCGACUCUAUACAGACACAACUGAAGAAGGCUGUCUGAUUUUGUUUGAUCAGUUGGAAACGCUUGAUAAAUGCAGUUUCAAUACCUCUCUUCCUCUGGUGAUGAUAGUCCAUGGAUGGUCGGUAGAUGGAAUGUUAGAAGGGUGGAUCUGGAAGAUGGUAGCAGCUCUGAAAUCUCAGCAUAAACAAACAAAUGUGAUUAUUGCAGACUGGCUUACACUUGCUCACCAGCAUUACCCUAUAGCAGCACAGAAUACACGCCAUAUAGGGCAAGAGAUAGCCGGUUUCCUGGAAUGGCUGGAGGAAUCUGUUCAAUUUUCCAGAAGCAAUGUUCAUCUAAUUGGGUACAGCCUAGGAGCUCAUGUUUCAGGGUUUGCUGGCAGUUAUAUUAGUGGCACAAACAAGAUUGGAAGAAUUACAGGCCUUGACCCCGCUGGUCCUUUGUUUGAAGGAAUGUCACCAACAGACCGUUUAUCUCCAGAUGAUGCAAACUUUGUAGAUGCAAUUCAUACAUUUACUAAACAGCACAUGGGUCUCAGCGUAGGGAUCAAGCAGCCAGUGGCACAUUUUGACUUUUAUCCCAAUGGAGGCACCUUUCAACCUGGCUGCCACAUCAUGCAUGUGUAUAAUCACAUUGCACAGUAUGGAAUCACUGGGAUCACUCAGACAGUGAAAUGUGCACACGAGAGGUCGGUUCAUCUGUUCAUUGACUCUCUACUGCAUGAUGAUAAGCAAAGCAUGGCCUACUGGUGCAACGAUAUCCACACCUUUGACAAAGGAAUGUGCCUCAGUUGUAGGAAAAACCGGUGCAACACCCUGGGCUACAACAUCAGAAAGGAGAGGCUCCAGAGAAACAGACGGCUCUUUUUGAAAACACGAGCACAUGCGCCUUUCAAAGUUUACCAUUAUCAAUUCAAGAUACACUUCAUCAAUGAAAUUCAAGAGAAGCAGGUAGAACCAACUUUUACUGUCUCUCUGACAGGCACUAAAGAAGAUGCUGAAAAUCUCCCCAUCACACUCGUUGAAGGCAUUACAGGAAAUAAAACCUAUUCCUUUCUCAUCACUCUGGACAUCGACAUUGGUGAGCUAAUGAUGAUCAAAUUCAAAUGGGAAGGAACUGCAGUUUGGGAAAAUAUCUGGGACACAGUUCAAACGAUCAUCCCCUGGACAAAGGGCAACCGUCGACCAGGACUUAUUGUAAAGACAAUAAGAGUCAAAGCAGGAGAAACACAGCAAAAAAUGACGUUUUGUUCUCAAAGUGUUGACAACGUGCACCUGCAUCCAGCCCAAGAGAAAACUUUUGUGCGGUGUCCAAACAGCUCUCGGCGACUAAAGAGAAAAUUCAGAGUAACAAGAACAUGAACAGAGCUGCCCGUCAAGCAUUAGUAAAAUCCCACAUACCUACGACAAUAGUUCAAACAUUUUAAAUAUACCAAGUUUAACAAAAAAUAAUGUACACUGACAGUUCCAGAGGGAACAAGACAAAAAUCAAAAUUUUAUUUUAUUUUAGGGAUAUAACAGUAUACUGAAAUAUGCAUUUUAUUUGUCCUUAAAGCUGUUCCCAAACAGAUCAGCUUGCAAUUUCUUAGCCGAUAUCAUGUGUUUAUAUCUAAAUUGCUUUGAAAUGUGGGAAGAUAAAACCUGCUCAGUGGAAAUGCAAACAUGAUUACUUCAAAAGACUCUUGCUAAAAGCUGACGUUGAAUGCAGGGCAGAUUUCUUGUUGCUGAUUCUUUAAAAAACAAUUUGCUUUCCAACUAGACAACUUGGAAUAACAACAAUUUGCAUACUGCAAGGUAGAAAACAAUUUUAUUAGCCACAAAACAAGUAGUUCACAGGCUCCAUGGCUCUAACCUGACUACUAUCAGCUAUAACACAGUUGAAUUACUUACUAAUGAACUUGGUGUGUUAAUCACUUACUGCAAAAAUAUUCUUAUUGAAGAGAGAAAAUUCUCACUCCUAUAGAAAACUUUUAUGAUCUUUUAACUGAAUAACCUGCUAACAUUCAUGAGCUAAGGAGUUAUGAAGGUGACAGGCUCAUCCUUCUUGUCUGAUACCCAAUAAAACUUACAGCGUUAUGAGCCAAAUAAUUGUACCUUUAAUAACAUGUUUCCUGCAAGUUUAUUCUAUUGGAAAAUGCUUUGCUGUUCAAUGUAGUGACAGAAAUAUUUUAAACUAAUUUGCUUUAAAGCAAUGCUUAGUGUACUAAAGCACAUUCCAGCUGAUAGUCCUAUUUGCAGUCAUGUUCAGUGAACUUCUGCACAUAAAUCCUUUUCACCAUGCUAGUGUAAACUCUAAAGUUAUGUUUUAGACUUAACAUUUUCACGUAGACUAACAUGAUUUACAAAUGAAAAUUGUAAAACUUCAGCCAUCUUCAUUACAUUCAGAGAAUUAUGAAAAUUCAAGAUUAUGCAUUUCUGUUAUUUUCUGUAGCAAUAGAAAAUAUGGAAAAAAAAGAUUUCCUCAGAUAAUUGUUAUUUUCAGUUUAUGAUUGCAUGUGGUAAUCAGAAAAAUAGUGUUUUGACACUACAUUGGUCAUUUGGUUAUGCCGGAAAUCAAGAUUUAUCAUUACAAGUUUGUUCUUACUACUGUGAUGUUUAAUUUUAUUAAAGUCUUCAAGGAAU